AAAGAGAUGCUGUAGAUAUGUCCUUAAAAGACGACAAGCAAACCCUGAUUUUAACGGAACUUCGAAUCGGAUCAAACAGAGAUAAAGUUAAAGUAGUUGUUGACACCGGUUCAAGAAUGUUAUGGGUCAUGGAUUCCGAUGUUGAGUGUAAGACAAGCCCACUUACUGGUAAAGUCCCAGAUUGUAAAGCUCAGGGAACAUUCUCAUCUGAGAAGUCUAAAACAUUUAAUAGUGCAGAAUUAUGGUUUGUCAUGACUUACGUGGAUGGAGAAUCUGCAUCAGUUACCAUUGGUAACGAUGACAUCUUGAUUGGAAAAAAUACAGUUGUUAAAGGAUUUGGGUUUGGAGUCGCUAAUGAAACUACGCUGGCUACUUCAAUUUUGGGGAUAAGUUUCCCAGAGGAAAAUUUCACUGGUUAUUCUCUUCCUGUGGAAUUGGCAAGUCAAGGGAUAACCAAUAGAAGUGCAUAUUCAAUAUUCUUGAAUGAGGCUAAUAAAACAGGUUCACUCCUAUUUGGAGCUGUUGAUCAUUCAAAAUAUUUAGGUGACUUACAAACAGUUCCCAUUGUCUAUAAUGAAACUUUCCCAGAAAUUAUGGUAAAUGUUUCGGGAAUAGAUAUUAAUAUGAAUGAUACAAAAGUAUCCGGAGGUAUUUCCGAAUCAGCAUUUCGUUUGGAUACAGGAACUAGCGCAUCACGGUUCCCCGCGCUGUUUUUAGAUACAUUGCUUGAACAAAUAAAAGAUUCCAAAUAUGUCGCUUCUGAACACAGAUUUAGUUCUCCUGAUUGCUCUCAAAUAGAAAAUCUAAAGUUUGAGAUUAAGUUUGAUGGUAAGACAAUCACAGUUCCAGUAAAUAGCUUAAUUUAUGAGAAAAUUAACAAUGGCACACAUGAAGAAUGUGCUUUUGGAAUCGAUUUUGAUGAUCACUUGAUUUUGGGAAUGGAUGUGUUACGAAGCAUAUAUUUCGUGGUUGAUUUAGAUGACAAAGAAGUAUCCUUGGCACAAUCAGACUUCAGUAACGGGAAGCAAGAUAUUGAGGUAUUUCCACCUCCUGGUGUGAACAGAACCUUAGCUUCCAGAGGAAGAUCUGAUGAGAAAGUAUCCUCAGCCGACUCGAUUGUUUCUUCCAUUGAUAUUUUACUCUGUUUAGCUAUUUCCUUAACUUGGUUACUUUAAUGUGAUUGUAACCAGCCAUUUUCUUACUACUAUAUUUUAUCAAUUAAAAAAAUGUAACUUUCACUUUCUU